AUGGCGGACACCCUACGACAACCUCUUUCUCCUAUCCAAACACAGAUUCCUUCCUCAAGCUCUCCUCCGACUUCGACCGCCUCCUCCCCUCGACCGUCCUUGUCCGCCAAACGCUCCCGAUCGCCUCUCUCCCUCGAUCUCUCGUCCCUCCCGCCUCUUUCCCAACCAGCACCUCCAUCCAACACUCUCCUCAUUACCCGCCUUGAGGACCCCAAGAUCUUCCAUCCGGCAUCCCUGGCGACCAUCAGACAACAUAUCACGGAGAUCGCGCCCUUGAACUCGUUCUCCCCACUAAAGUCCAUGCACCGCAUCAUCUGCUCCUUCUACGAUGUCGACGCCGCCAUCGCAGUGCGACAGGUAUUUGACGGGUCCGCAGUGAUGGGAGACACUGUCGCAAAAUGCUACUUUGGUGAACCCACCCCGAUAGGAGACGAGAAGAAAUACCUCGACCGACCUGACGCGGGGCGGUUAUUCUUCAUCAGCCCUCCGCCAAGUCCCCCCGUGGGCUGGGAAAUGAGACAGGAGGAUCCCCCAAACAAACACGUACACGCCGAGGACCUGGCAACCAAGCUGGAGAAACUGAGCGGCAAGCUCACAUCCUCCUCUCCCCCCACCACCAACGCUGACGACUCGGCGUCUGAAGACGAGGCCAAAAUGCAAUACACGGCCGAGGGGCUCCAGAGACUGAAAGCCAGCAGAGCACGUGCCUUCUCUAAAGUGUCGGCAGAAAACUCCCCCACCACGGCAGACGCCUCGCCAAAGAAACAUCGGAGUCGAAGCUCGACUUUGAUCUACGACCCCAAGGCCCACGGAGACAGUCCGGCACUUCCGGCGGUUAUGUUGGAGGCCGAGGAUGAUUCGGAUGUGGAGCUCGAGCCGGAGGGGCCGACUAAGAAGAUAUUGGCAAGUACGGCACGGCCACCUGUGGAGUUGAUGGAGCAUUGA